GUCACUUUUGAGAGUUUUGACAUCUCUGCUUCGUAAUUAUUAUUAUUACAACAGAUUGUCUAAUGGCCAAGCCUAUCUUUCUCAGUUAAGAUUUCUUUACAAUUUAUUUUAUUUUUAUAUACGACUAAGCACAUAAUUUAUUAUAGACAUGGUUGUCAAAGUGUAUAUAAGCGGUAUUUCAGGAAACAAAGAGGUAAAAAAGAGACAACAGCGUGUUCUGAUGAUACUAGAUUCGAAAAAUAUCAAAUAUGAAUUAAUUGACAUAACGGAACCUGGAAGAGAGGAUGAUAAAGAUUUUAUGCAAAAUAAUUCAAAAUCGAAUGGAGGGACCGUAAGCGAUCCAAAUCCUCGCACUCCUCUGCCGCCACAGGUGUUCAACGAUGAGGAGUAUUGUGGGGACUAUGAUCAGUUUGAUUUAGCUAAUGAAGUAGAUACAUUAGAACAAUUCUUGAAAGUAGAAGCACCUCCUGAAGAUUCUCCAUUUGGAAAAACGGCAAAUACCCUUAAUGGAGAUGUUCAAUCAAAAGAGGAAAAGCAAGAGUUACAAAAUAAUUCAGAAAAUACAGUUGAAUCUAUAGAAAAUACAUCUGAUACAAAAGAAGAUCCUAUUGAUGGUAGUAAUGAUGUUGUAAAAGAAACCUCCGACAAAGAGGCUUCAGUAGAAAAAGAGGAGUCACCUGUUAGUCAACAGCCUGAAGAAAAAGAGGGGACUACAGAAGAACAAAUUGAAAAACCAGUAGAAGAGACUGAAAUUGAAUCAAAACAAAUUUCAAAAGAAAACACACCAGUGCCAGAGGAAGCUGUCAAUGAGAAUGGUGCAGUCAGCUCCCGUGAACAGUCACAAGACAAAGAACAAGUUAAUGAACAGAAAAUAGAGAACCCAUCAGAGGCCCUCAUCCAGAGUGAGCAAGCAGCUUCCACGGAAUAGUGGGAUGAUUACUUUAUGCUAUCAGCUCAAAUCAUCUAUUUAGCACUAAGCAAGCACUAUUCAUCGCCAUCGUGUUAUUUAUAUUGCAUUGAUCAUAUUUUGGCAUAUAAUAAUUAAGUCAUUGUAUAUAACGCAAAUAAUUAUUUCUUGACUUAAAAUAUUAUCUAUGUUAUUUAGACAUAGUUCUAUAAAGUGGCCUACUUAAAAAAAUGUAUGAGAUUAAUUUCAUGAUUAUCUGUAAUUUAAGAGUUUAUUAACAUACUGAUCAUUUGUAAGGCAUGUAUUACGUGGAAGUAUUAAUGUAUUGUUUUAAUUUUCAAAAAUUUAUUUAUAUGUCUAAAUCAAAUUAUUUUAUAUAAUUUAUUUUUCGGAAUGCUCGUUUAUCAAGAAACUCAAUGAAUUAACAUGACAUUAAUAUUAAGAAAUGUUAGACUAUAUUUAGUCUUAGGUGCUGAUUUUAUAUUUCUUUUAUACUUUAUGAACGAGCAUUCCCUAAAAGUGAAGCCAGCUUUUUGUCUUUGUUUUGAAUUCUCCUACAUUAUAUCACCACAUUAAUGAUUUUUAAAGACAAUUUUACUAAUAUUUUAUUUCAUGUCAAUUAUAUAAUUGCUACACAAUUAAUACCUUUUAUUUAAAAUACAUUAUAAAAUGGUGUAAAUAUUA